AUGGCGUUUCUGUUUGACCUAAAAGCUUUGGUUGACAUGAUGUCCAUCGGAACACUCCUGGCCUAUUCUCUUGUAGCAGCCUGUGUUCUUAUUCUCCGGUAUCAGCCUGGAUUGGGAUAUGAGAAACCUAAAGGUGCUCCAGAGAAAGAAAUGCUAUCGGUGUCAGAAAGGGAAUCAAUGAUGAACGAGUCUCAAAUCAUGAUGCUACAGGAACAAGGAUUUAGUUUUCAUUCUCUUCUGUACCCUGCCAGUGUGCCAACAGAACAGUCUGCCUCUGUGGUCAGCUUAGUAGUGGGGCUGCUGGCAAUUAUUAUUUGUGCAUUAAGUGUCUUGACGACGUAUGCAGUGACAGCGAUAUAUAAUAUGGAGGAGGGAUGGAGCAUCGCUCUUCUUUCAAUAUUCAUUAUACUCAUCUGCUCUAUUGUGUUAAUAAUCUGGAGACAACCACAGAACCAACAUAAAGUUGCUUUCAUGGUCCCACUCCUACCUUUUCUGCCAGUUUUUAGCGUACUGGUAAACGUUUACUUAAUGGUACAGUUAAGUGGUGACACCUGGAUAAGAUUUAGCAUCUGGAUGGCUCUUGGUUUUCUGAUUUACUUUGCAUACGGCAUUAGAAAUAGUCUUGAAGGGAAACCCAAAAAACAUGAUGAAGAUGAUGAUGAUGAUGGUGAUUCAGAAAACAGUGGUAUGGAAGAGAAAAGUCCAGAAAAGGAAAAUGAAGAGGAA